AAACCCCAGAAGAAGAAGAAGAAGAAGAAGAAGAAGUCGUCGUGUAGCAUUAUCUACCUGAUAUCUGAUGUAUCUGUUUUCUGUUUUUAAACGGGUUGACAGUUGUCAGACUGUAUUAGUUGACCAAGCUGUUUUCUGUAUAUGGUGAAGUGAAUAGUGCUGCCAUCGUACCGUGUUCAGACAAACCAACUAACCACAGGACGUGUUUCAACUGAUCCAAAAUGUACACUCUGCUGUCUGGAUUAUACAAGUACAUGUUUCAGAAGGACGAAUACUGCGUGUUGAUCCUGGGUCUGGAUAACGCAGGAAAGACGACCUUUCUGGAACAGACAAAGACGAAGUUUAGUAAAAACUACAAGGGAAUGAAUCUUUCCAAAGUCACAACAACGGUUGGUUUAAACAUCGGCACAAUUGAUGUUGGCAAGGCUCGCCUAAUGUUCUGGGAUCUGGGAGGCCAGGAGGAACUACAGUCUCUGUGGGACAAAUACUAUGCAGAGUGUCAUGGAGUCAUCUAUGUGAUUGAUUCAACUGAUGAAGAGCGUCUAUCAGAAUCAAAGGAGGCUUUUGAGAAAAUGAUCUGCAGUGAGGUAUUAGAAGGUGUUCCACUCCUGAUUCUUGCCAACAAGCAAGAUGUACCGAACUGUUUGUCAGUGCCCGACAUCAAAACAGCCUUCAGUGACUCUGCACCAAAGAUCGGCAAGAGAGACUGCUUAGUGCAACCGUGCACUGCCCUCACAGGGGACGGUGUAAACGAAGGCAUUCAGUGGAUGGUGAAGUGUGUGGUGAGGAACAUCCACCGCCCGCCAAGACAAAAGGACAUCACUUAAACUAUCGCCAACUCAGCAUAUUCUGGAAGUGGACUGAGCUUUCUACAAGGACAUUCCAUGGGACCCUUUGAGCAAAUGACAUUCUGUCUUUGGUUUUGAAUAAGUUUGAAGUUUUCCUCUUUGGACUUUAUUGCAGCAUGACUGUGCAGGUUGACUUUGCAAUGUGGACUUGGGGUGAUGUGUUUUGUAGUGAUUAGUAGCCUUCUGUAGUCAAUUGAGCUCACUAACUGACCAGAAACAUUGAUAUAUAACUUCUUCAAUAAAUACAAAACGUUUUCACUACUUUAGGCAGGUCCAAGCAUGUUUGGCUACAAAGCACUAAAUCCAUCUGGCUGGUUCCACGGUUCCAAAUACCUUUUUAAGCAAAAUUAUGUGUCUCAUCUCUGAAGGAUGGUACUUUCUGUGUUUUCGUUCAAACAAAUGUAUUCUCAAAAACAAUGCUAUUCUUCUGGAAAAAAUCCCACCAAUGGAUAAAAACAGAAAAUAGGCCAAUGUCCAACAAUGUAAAAGGGAGACUGUUCAGCUAUGGGAAAGCUUCUCCCUGACUGGAAAAACUAGGCUGGGUGAGAGAAAGUGGGAACUGGCUGCAGAAUAACAGAUGAUUAGAGUCAAAUGUGUUUAUUAUCUUUCUGUCUGAUAGUUCUGUAUGAAUGAAUAAUAAACAUUAAAGUUUACACAUUUAUAUGUUCGA